AUGGGCUCCCAAGUCCGUGUGGAAGCUGGCGCGGGUACCGCGAUCGGCGGUGAUGCGCUUGUUUCGGCUGGCGCUGGCCGCGUUGGCGGUGUCGUCCGCAUCUCUGGUGGCAACUCGGAAGAAGUCGGCGGCGACGUCAAGGUCGUUGCCGGUGCCAGCACGACGCAGCAGUCGGGCUCUCUUGCGCUCUCGGGCGGCGAGCAGAUCGAAGGCGGUGCCAGCACGACGCAGCAGUCGGGCUCUCUUGCGCUCUCGGGCGGCGAGCAGAUCGAAGGCGGCGACGUGAAGAACGCCAUCGGCGGCAACCGGUCGCGGUCGCGUUCAGGCCGGUAA